AUGAACGUACUCACCCAAAUCGACGACUGUUUCGCGAAUUAUAUAAAAAUUCAUGGAGCGCAGGAGGUGGACUCCUACUGGGAUGAGGGAAUUGUGGUGAACAAGUACAUCGAAUUGGGAAAUGGGCACGAGAAAAAGGGGAAAACCCCAAGUAGUACAAAGGAACAUGUGGAACAGGGCAAUCAGGAAGACGCGUCGUCUGCGCAAAAAUCAAACUGUGGUAAUGAGGGGGGUCUCAAUUUGAGUAAGUCAACUUUGGCAAAGGAAAGCCUCUUCACUUGCAACGAUGUGGUUGAAGAGUGCGUGUGCUUAAACACGGUCGAUAAUAUAGAAAACCUUAAGGACGCCACCCUAGUCAGAUGGACAUGCAUGGUGCAGCAGAUAAUUUCUCCAGAAAGUUACGUAGGUAUUUACAAAUUAAGAAAUAAGAAAAACGGAGAAAUUGUUUUGAAGAGCUCAAAAUAUAGGGAUUACAUCGAUACGGAUGACAAGUGGGAAAUCAUGGAGGACAACGAAAAGAAGAACGUUGGAGAAUAUUACGAGCUAAAUUAUGAGCAAUACUGCAAGAUGGGGGAUGAUGAAAGGGGGACCAAGGACACACACCAUACAGGAGGGAUGAACCCUACUGAUGAAACUAAUCCUCAGGUGAAGAAUAAAUCAACCCCCAUCACAGCAGGAACGAGCACCAACCAGGUAGACCAAGAAACAUGUCCCAAAAAUUAUGAUGAGAAAAAAAAAGAUCACACUGUGUUGAACAACCAGAGUGAAGACAUACCGUUCUACGAAAGUGAUAACAAUUUUAAAAAAUAUUGGAAAAGAUAUUUAUUUCUCUGCACCAAUGUCCCGGGAAAUAAAAGUACCUGGGUGAAAGAACUGUGUGAGUAUUCUUCGUACUACGACAAUUGCGAAAAUUUUUUAAAAAACGAAAGCGUGAAAGGUGGCAAUGUUUGGGCGGGGAAGUGUACAGCCAUUUCGAAUUGCUCCACUGAUGAGGAGGGCAAUGCUGAAGGUGGCGGCUUCUCCACCGAUGAUGUGCGUCUCUCGCGGGAAACCAUCUGCAGUAGUGAGUUUGAGCCCGAGGAGUGGGCCACGGCUGGUCACGCAACUAACCAGACAAUUAACCACGCAACUGACCACACAACUGACCGCGCAACUGACCAGACAACUAACCGCGCAACUGACCAGACAACUAACCACGCAACUGACCACACAACUGGUUUGCCAAUGGACACCAUCGUCAGUGGUGCACCGAAGAGACCCCGCCGUGACCCCGAAAAGAAGAACAAACUCAGGUGUAUCAUAAAAAUAUACGACGAUAACAGCCAGUACAACGGAAAAAAUGAGAAGGAUUUUCUAAAACUGAAUGAUGUAAUUGAAGUAAUUGGAAUAUAUCGCAAACAUCAAAUAAAGCACUUUGAAAAUUGUGAAAAAAAUUUGAACUUUUAUUUUUAUUAUGAUCAGAAUUUUUUAAAAUAUCCCUGUAUUCAUGCUUUUCGGUACAUCAAAGUCAAGAGAUUUAAUCCUUUGAGUAGCUGCAUAUUAUUCAAAAAUGAAUUGUGCAACAUUUUACAGAGUGGUCCUUUCAGCACCGUCGGUGAGCUCAGGAGGCAUCUCCUCAUGUAUAUCUCCAACAUAUUCUCCCAUGAUUUGCUCCUUGCUCAUUAUUUCUUCUUUUACUUGUGUGGCAGUUAUAUUGAGGAGAACAAACUCAAACUGGGGAAGAUAAGUCUAAACGUUUUUAACAUAUCGACAGAUGGUGAAAGGUGCGCAUCCCCCACGGAGACCACCAUGGAGGAGAAGCAGAAAAUCAGUGAAGGUGAAAAGGAAGAAAAGGAAGAAAAGGAAAAAAAGGUCUCACCGAAGGAACCCCUUCAAAAGGGAGAAAACUGUUCAAAGAUGAUGGAUGAAUAUAAAGAGGUGCAAAAUAAGUCGUACCCGAGACACGCUAUCCAAAUAAAUAAGAUGAUGAAAAAUUUAGUUCCACUGUAUAGGUAUAUUCCUCUCUGUCUAGAAAAAUUAAGCAGCCAAUAUUUAGUAUCGGUAAUGAAUCACCAGAAUGGAGAAUUAAAAAAGGGAAAACUGCAACUAGCAAAUAAUACCUACUUGGCUUUUGAUGAAUGCGUGUUAGAUGAAGGGAAAUGUAACACCAUUAGUACUAAAAAUUUUCUCUGUAUAGAAAGGCUAAUUACAUCACAGGAAAUCCCAUUCAUCUUUAACACAGACAUUACCUUCGAAACGCAAAAUAACGUUUUAAUUUUGUCCAGGAAAAAGUCUAUGUAUGUAAAUUAUGUGGAUAUUCACAUUCCUGUGUGUCAUCAAAGGGGAAAGGGUCACGGGGGUGUAGGCCAAAGUGGUGUCAUUUCGGCGGGAAAAGUGGAGCAAUCCGGCUUGAGAAAAAUGGAUGAGGUGGAAAAAGAAGGAAAAACUGAAGAGAAGGGCCAAGAGAAGACCGAAGGGACGAAAGAAGAAGGUGCACAUGGAGACGCGAAAAAACCUUACAAGGAAAACGAACCUGAGAAGAACUUCUCCGCUAUUUCGGCUUUCUCCGCCGAAUUCAUCAACACUUGCGAAAAUUACUACCCCAAGGAAGAUGAACUAAUGCAAUUUAGAAGGUAUAUAAAUUAUAUUCUCUCGAAAAGCCACCCCGCAAAAAUACAUUCAGAUGUAACGACAUACAUCACAGACUCUUUUGUGUCUCUGCGACAGACGAGCAAAGAUGUGAAUCAGUUCGUUUUAAACUCAUGGAUUUGCAUGUCUCGAAUUUGGGCCUUUUCUGAGGGUUGCAAUGAAAUAAGUAGGGAGUGUUGGGAUUAUAUCAUGAAACUUGAAGCUGAAAGGCGCUUGCGGCUUAGCCAAUUAGACGCGCUUUACAUUUGA